GAGAGCGGAAGUGCCUAAAGAGCCCGGAAGAGAGUGAGAGCGGUGCAGUGCGUGGGAGGGGAGGUGAUGGCUGCAGCAAUGGAAACCGAGCAACCAAACAUUGAGGUUUUCGAAACUGCCUCCGCAAACACUGCUGUGGAAAUUGGAGAGUCAGAGGCCUUUGAGCCGUACUACGUGGAGCGGUACUCCUGGAGCCGCCUACGCAAGCUAAUCACCGACAGGAAGAUGCAUGGGCACAUGAUGGCCAAGACUCCUCACGACUUCUGUUUCGUAAAGAAAAAUGAUCCAGAGGGACUUUAUUCAGAUAGGCUCUAUUAUUUGGCAAUGUCAAAUGAAAACCGUGAAAACACAUUGUUCUACUCAGAAAUUCCCCACAUGAUAAGCAAGGAUGCUGAACGUUUACUCCCAUGGAAUCCCCUGUUGGAUUACUUUCAGUCUACUCCUGAUUAUGGAAUUUACUGUCGUGAAGAGGAGUUGUUAAGAGAAAGAAAACGAAUUGGAACAAUCGGUAUUGCCUCAUAUGAUUUCCACAAAGAAAGUGGGAUGUUUCUGUUUCAGGCAAGCAACAACAUUUAUUACACAGUGGACGACAGUAGCACAGGAUUCACUAAUGAGCCGAAAAACCCUAUGCCAGUAAAGACCAGCUGCCCCAACAUCAGGAUGGAUCCCAAAAUUUGUCCCUCUGAUUCAUCUUGGAUUUCAUUCAUCCACAGCAAUGAUUUGUGGAUUUCUAACAUUGAAUCGGGAGAGGAAAGGAGACUGACUUUUGCACAUAAAGGUUUGCCAAACCUGGAAGACGAUCCUAAGUCUGCAGGGAUCUCCAGUUUUGUACUGCAGGAAGAGUUUGACCGGUACACAGGCUACUGGUGGUGUCCUGUUGCAGAGGAUACCCCGGAUGGGGGAAGGAUUUUCAGGAUACUUUAUGAAGAGAAUGACGAAUCCAAUGUUGAAAUUAUCCAUGUGACUUCACCCAUGCUUGAGACACGAAGGUGUGAUUCGUACAGGUACCCACGGACAGGAACUCUGAAUCCAAAGAUAACUUUCAAGAUGUCGGAAGUAACAGUAAAUGCCAUUGGAAGGAUUGCAAGUGUUGUCGACAAGGAGUUGGUCCAACCAUUUGAGAUUCUUUUUAAAGGAACUGAAUACAUUGCACGGGUUGGAUGGACGCGAGAAGGAAAAUACGCCUGGGCCAUCCUGUUGGAUCGGCCCCAAACAAGGCUCCAGAUCGUUCUGAUCCCCCCUGCUUUGUUUAUCCCAGUGGUGGGUGAUGCAGUGGAACGGCAGAAGCUUAUGGAAUCUGUGCCUGACAGCAUAACACCAUUGAUCAUAUAUGAGGAAACAACAGACAUUUGGAUAAACGUCCAUGAUAUAAUUCAUAUCUUUCCUCAAACUAAGGAGGAUGAAAUUCAGUUCAUCUUUGCCUCUGAAUGUAAAACUGGUUUUCGGCAUCUCUACAAAAUUACGACCGUCUUGGAGGAGUCCAAGUAUAAACGGUCCAGUGGGAGUUCCCCAUCUCCAGAUGACUUUAAAUGUCCAAUCAAAGAAGAAUUACCUUUGACCACUGGAGACUGGGAAGUGCUUGGGAGACAUGGGUCUACGAUAUGGGUGAAUGAAGCAUCUCGCCUGGUUUAUUUUCAAGGUACUAAGGAUACCCCAUUGGAACACCAUCUCUAUGUAGUGAGCUAUGAAAUUCCCACAGAGGUUGUGCGACUGACACAGUUAGGCUACUCUCACAAAUGUUUUGUCAGCCAGAAUUUUGAUAUGUUUGUCACCAAGUUCAGCAAUCAGGACCACCCGCAUUGCGUACACAUCUUCCGUUUAUCUGGAUCAGAAGAAACCUCUCUUUGCAAACGGAGGGAGUUCUGGGUCACAAUGUUGGAGUCGCCAGGUUGUCUUCAAGGGUACAUUCCCCCAGAGAUGUUCAGCUUUCACAGCAAGUCCGGCUACAUAUUGCAUGGAAUGAUGUUCAAGCCCCACAAUCUACAGCCUAGAAAAAAAUAUCCCGCUCUCCUUUACACAUAUGGUGGCCCACAGGUGCAGCUGGUGAACAAUCGCUUUAAGGGAAUUAAAUACUUACUCCUAAACACACUGGCAGAGCUCGGCUAUGUUGUGGUUGUCAUAGAUUCCAGGGGAUCCUGUCACAGAGGCCUUAAGUUUGAAGGUGCCUUGAAGUACAAGAUGGGGCAAGUAGAAAUUGAUGACCAAGUGGAAGGACUACACUAUCUGGCUGCUCAGUACAGAUUUAUUGACCUGGAACGGGUGGCAAUUCAUGGUUGGUCGUAUGGAGGUUACCUGUCCCUCAUGGGUCUAGUGAGGAGACCUGACAUAUUUAAGGUAGCCAUAGCUGGAGCCCCAGUAACACUGUGGAUCUUCUAUGAUACUGGAUACACAGAACGUUACAUGGGACUCCCAGAUAAAAAUGAGAGUGGUUAUGAUAUCGGAUCUGCAGCAAUGCAAGUGGACCACUUUCCACUUGAACCAAACCGCCUACUGCUGCUGCAUGGGUUUCUUGAUGAAAAUGUCCACUUUUCUCAUACCACAGUUCUCCUUAGCUUCCUCGUUCGAUCAGGGAGACCAUAUGACUUGCAGGUGUACCCCCAAGAAAGGCACAGUAUUCGGGUCCCGGAAUCCGGUGAACAUUAUGAACUGUAUCUGCUCUACUACCUUCAGGAGAACCUGGCCUCCCAGAUUGCUGCCAUGAAGUAGAAGAUGAUGUAUUACUCUUGGCAUCCAUUUCAGCUAACAGCGGAAUGCAGGAGAUGUCAGAACUUAAACAUUGUUUCCUUACCUCAUUAGUACUGAUCUCCCCUCCCUCAGCUAAUUAUGGUCAUCUACUUUCACUUGCAGCAGUCUUACUGCUUCAGCAACAGAACAACAGCCACCAUUCCAUUAUCUGUUGGCACCCCUCUCAUCGCUGCUAACAUUUCUGAAUCUCGGCUGAGGCUCCUACACCUGAUCACCACACUACCUUAGUGGCAAUAUUUGUCUCCAUUUCCCUUGCAUCCCCAAAACUAUAAUGCCUACCCACAAUCUCACUGAUAGUGCCUGAAGAUAACUUCUGCUCUUUGUUCUGAGAAUGUAAAUGGAACAAGAUCCCUGAAGAGCAUGUUCUGGGCAUGAAGAAUACUUUCUUUUGAAGAAUUUGUGUAUGCCAGUAAGACUUGAAUAACAUAGCAGUAUUUCUGAUGUGUUAUGUUGCUCUCCUAUGUCUUAUGGCUCCUUGAUUCAAGCAUCAAUUUGUAACUCUCUGAUCUUUAGUAAGACUAGUGAAAUGGACUCAUUUUCUUCCGGUUGCCAGGCCUUCAGUUUUGCUUUCCUCCAUUGCCACACUGCUAUUCAUUUGUAAAGUUACCGUAAAAUUACCAAUUGUUUCCAUGGAGUUUAGAGUAAAUGCAGAUGAUUGUAAAACCUUUUUGAGCACUUUAUGUACAAGUAAUGUUUUAAUUAAUGUCUUAAAUAGUAUCAUUUUUUAUUACUUAAAGUAUCUACAUCUGA